CACCUGACUGUGAAGCCAAAUACCCGGAGUCUUGUGCCCUGUAAAUUUCUUCCAGUCCUUCCAAUAGAUGCAACAAAAAUGACACUUGAAUGGGGUAAAAUUUCUAAGGAUUCUGGACAAUACACCCCUCUUAUCAUACUGAACAGCGAUGGAGUCAAAACUUUCCCAGAGACAAGCAGGAAAUAUGAUCUUUUUGUACCGCUUGUAAGCAAAGGAAACUGCACCUUAAUUAUCAGCCCCACUGAUGCUACAGACAGCGGAGUGUAUGAAGUGCUGAUCACAAUAGAUGGGCAGUUGUAUGAAUCCCUUUCCAGAACCAGAAUUACCGUUUCAGAUCGAAAACAAACUUCCGGUAAGACACGGGGAUCAAAGUCCCGUGCAAAUGUAAUUCCAACAGAAAGUACUACAGCAAAUGCAAUGAUCGAUACAGCACCAACCCCGGUCACAAACAGCACGGAAUUUUUUGCAUUGCUACUGGAGAAACACGGGAGGGCGACAAUUAUCGGGGUGAUGGUACUGCUAUCAAUCCUCAUAAUACCCGCCCUGAUGGCACUGGUUGUAUGUUGUCGGUUUUGCUGUGCGGAAGACCCUGAUGAUGAUGAAGAAACCCCAAUAGAGAGUAACCAAAGAGCAGCUCAAGGGGAGGCUAGUGUCCAUUAUGAGAAUGAGACCCCAGCUCAUGUAAAUGUGACCUCUAGCGAGAAGAAAGAGGAAAAUAAAUCUGCUCCAGAUGAAAGCAGUAGUGAGGAAGAGUCUCAAAAUACAGAAUCAAUAACAUCUAGUGAGACAGAAGAAAGUGCCUGA